UGCCAGUCAGUGAGUGACGUGUGAAUUGUAGUAGUAUAUUGACUGACUGUAUGUAAAAAUGGCAGUCGUCCACUUUUCGGCUCGUGCUUACUGUAAGAUUGUUUUGCACGCGGCAAAGUAUCCGCACUGUGCAAUAAAUGGUCUCUUACUGGCCCGACAGAAAGGGAAGGGAGAUGGAAAAUCAUCAGAACUACAGAUCGAGGAUGCCAUUCCACUGUUUCACUUGUGCUUACACGUUUCACCUAUGGCGGAAGUUGCCCUUACCUUGGUUGAUCAGCUAGCGACUCGAAAAGGCUUAGUAAUAGCAGGUUAUUAUCUGGCCAAUGAAAAUAUUAAUGACAUGAGCACAGACAAACCAGCUCACAGGAUAGCUGACAAAAUAGCAGAGAACUUUCCUGGUGCGUUGAUUGCAGUGAUAGAUAAUAAGGAAAUAACUCUGGGAAUGGGAUCGAAUCCACUAAGAAUCUCACAAAAUUCAGAUGGAAAGUGGAAAACGAAAGACAAGUCAAAUAUAAUUUUCGAAGAUGACGACAGCCUCACAGAGACAAUGUAUUUGUUAAUGAAAACAGAAGCAUACCGUAACGUUGUUGAUUUUGAUAAUCACCUUGACAACGUUGCCCUAGAUUGGCAAAAUCUUGAAUUAAAUGAUAUCAUAGAAGAGGCUCGGAAGAAGUAUUGAUAAUUAAAGCUACAGACAUUCCCAAAAACAUUUAUCACUUUAUUUGUCCUGUAAACAAACACAUCUAAUCCACACCGUACGUGAAUUUUAUUGAAAAGCAAGUGUACAUACGCCAUAGACUAUAAAUAGAAAGAUAUUUCUUGUUUCUACUCAUAA